UAACAGUCUACGUCAAUAUGCGCGAGUGCAUAACCAGUGUUCUGAUGUUCAUGACCUAGGAUAAACAGUACGAUCAAUUCACACAAUUUUUGUAUUUUGGUUUAUAGCAUAAUGCUUAAAGAGGUGAUCCGGUGGCGCUGGAAACGGCGUUGACACAAACACUUCAUUAAUGCAGUUCGCUUUAAAUGUACGUUAUCAUGUGUGCAUAUUCAUCAGUAGUCACCAACUUAAGUGAAAACUGCACGUAUCAUAAAGAAGAGACAUGAAUGCUUUAGUAUUUGCUUCUCCUAUUGCAAGGAUUUGUCAUUUGCUCGAAUAGACCGUGUGGUUGCCAGGAGCUCUUUAUCCAGCUCUUUGUGAGAAUAAUCCCCCGUACUGGAUAAAGUAAAACUGGGUCUGUGGUGCCAUGGCAGCCACACAACUCCACAACAUGACUAAAGAGCUUAAAAGAGAAGCAAAGCUUAAAGCCAAACAACAAACAAUGCACUGUUUCAGUAUUUUACAGGUUGAGAUUAAUUCUUCAUGAGUAAACUAGGAGUAUACAAAAUUAAAUAUGAUUAUCUGAAGAAUUCCUGAAAGUUCACUAGAAGGUGAACAGAAUAGCAACGAGAUAUGCAAUUAAGGGUUAAAUAUAUACUAAAAGUUUGACAUAAUGCUAUUAGACACAGUAUAAUAAGGUUAUAAAGACAAUAAGUUAUCGUACACUCUCCUCCAGUCCAGACCUGUUUUCAGAUCGUGUUUUCAGGAUUUACCAAGAAUUUGUUUUUUCUUUUGGACACACCUUCAGGGUUUGGUCUAUUUGUCUUCAUCAUCUCUAGACUAUGCAAAUGUUGCUCUGGAAUCUGUACUUCUUUUAAGUGUUAUUAAAAGUACAACAGCCUUUUCCAGUUUGUUCAGAUAAAUUGAAGUUUAGUUGUGUAAGUGAUCACGUUUUUCCACUACAGCCGGCUUGGGCUUUGAUGUCCUUUACUCCUUGAGAUAAUAUCCACUUUAUAAUGCAGUAGACGCUUUAACGCGAACGAUUCAGUUGAACUGGUUCGACCGGUUCACUAAAAAGAAAAAAACGGUUCCAAUGAACGAUUCUUCCGCGGCGCGAACCAGAGAACACCAAUCAUUCAUAAGGCACGGUGUCAGCGAGCAGCGGCACAAUGCAAUUUUGGUUUUACAAACCAUAAAGAAUUUAUCGACAGUGCGCUUAAAAGGAAACGUUUUGUAACAAAACUGUCCCCGUAAGAUGUGGGACAACAACAUCCAAUUUCGAAAGACACCUGCAAAGGCAUCACAAAGAGAGGCUCGCCUGUCUUACAUUCGAGUGAAGUAUCUCUUCCUCAUGUGGCUUGUGGUGUUUAUUGGCAGUUGGGUUUUUUACGUGCAAUAUUCCUCUUACACUGAGCUAUGCAGAGGACAGGAAUGCAAGAGCAUCAUUUGUGACAAAUACAGUAAAGGUAUUAUUGAUGGUUCUGCCUGUAGCAGCCUGUGUGAAGAAAGCUCACUGUACUUUAGAAGGUGUCUCUCCACCAAGCCAAACAAUCAGGUGUAUACAAGCAGCUGGGGGGACCAGGAUGGUGUUAUCAAGUGCCAGCUAGGUGACGUUCUCCACUAUGAACUGGGAGAGGAGAUGGAGCCAAAGAAAGAGAUAGCACUGUUUGACAAACCUACUCGUGGAACCUCUGUAGAGAUGUUCAAGGAGAUGGUUGCCAGUCUUUUGAAGGCAAAAGUUGGAGAGCAAGCCAACCUCUCCAGUUUGGUAACCCUGAUUCUCUCAGUUGCAGACAGCAAUAAAGAUGGCCACAUUUCUCUACCUGAAGCCAAAUCUGCUUGGGCUUUAUUGCAGCACAAUGAGGUUCUGCUUGCAGUGGUGCUCCAAGGUCGAGAACACACACCCAAACUUUUAGGCUUCUGUGGGGACUUGUAUGUGGUGGAGCAUGUGCCCCAUGCUCCUCUAUUUGGACUCAGCCUUCCGUGGCCCAUGGAACUAUGGAUUCCUACGGGUAUGCGGCUAAGCAUGGACCAGUGGUUCACACCUUCCUGGCCCCGUAAGGCUAAAAUCUUUAUCGGCUUGCUGGAACUUAUAGAAGACAUUUUCCACGGUACCUUCGGGAGCUUCUUAAUGUGUGACAUGAGAGCCAGUACUUUUGGUUACAACGAUCGGCAUGACCUCAGGCUGGUAGACGGACGAUACGUGGUAGCGGAAGAGGCCUUCAAACAGGCCAUGAUCCUCCAGCGCUGCGAGGAGGAUGAGGACUGCGUGUACGGGGUGGACUGUCGGACUGCAUGUGACCGCGCAGAACACCGUUGCAUGGCCGAGGUGGCUCAGCCUAACUUGGCCAGGGCCUGUGAAGCACUUAAAGAUUACCUCCUACGAGGAGCUCCUUUUCAUUUACAGGAAGAGCUGAAGAAGCAGUUAUAUGCCUGCAGUGCCCUCAAGGGUUCAGCUGAGAAGAUGGAAAUGGAACACUCGCUCAUUCUCAACCACCUUAAAAAAUUCCUGUGGAAACAAAUCUCACAUACUAAUGACUCAUGAAGAAAAUAAGCUACAUUGGUGACAACGUUCAAAAUCCUGAAUGUCGGAAAAUGCUGAGUGAUGCUGGUGCUCUUCACAAAUUCUUUUCCACAAUAGAAAUAGUAUUAAACCUGUGACAAAUUAUGCUAAGGCUCACCAUUUCGUAUAAAAUUCACAUUUCUAUUUGUGUUAGUUUCCACACUUUGAUCAGCGAUCAUGCUUGUUUUACCUUCAAGUGUUUUGAAGGAGCAAAUUACAAUCAUUUUGCAUCCGUUGUUGGAUGUUAAUAUAGAAAGCUAAAGAAUGCACACACCACAAACUAUGGUUGUGUAAAUCGUAUGUUGUAAUGUCAUUAAUGAGCAAUGCAAAAAGAGCCAUUAAGAAGCCAUGGACAUAUGAAUUAAAUGCCUUGAUAUGCAUGUUGACGGAGUGGUUCAACAUUCUUUUUCAAUGCUUGUGUGUAAAGAUUCCUCAAUGCUCAAAAUUCAUUACGAAAAAUAUUGACAGAGCAAAACUGCAUCGCACAAUAAGGACCCAAAUGUUUACAAGAAUGUCUGAUGAUGCUUUUAAUUGAUCACCUUGUUGAUCCAUUGUUUUAUUUAAUUUGGUUUUGGCUUUCCAGUCUUGACUGGACUGUUUUUACUAUUUGAUUUUGCAUAAUUUAAACAUGGCAAAAUGUUAAACAGCUGAAAGAAGUUCUAAAUCAUAUUUUCAAAUAUUAUGCAGAAGUGGGUAAUGCGUAAAAGUUGAUUAGACAUUUUAACCAUGAGUGACUUUCAAUGAAGUUCUGAAGGGAAAGAGUGCAUCCAUUCAUAAGGUACAAGUAAUGCUUAUUAUGGCAAAUAUACUUUUUAAGCUUAAACAAUAUCUAUCACCAUCAUAUUUCUUGAAGUAGUAAUGAAUAUAAAAGGUUUAAAUAUUUGGUAAUUAUAUCAACAAUUUUUCAGUGGGAUGUUUUGGAUUGUACACAUUGUCGGUUUGCUUCAUUAAGUGUUUUCAUGAAACACAUUGCUGCUGUUGAAGCGUUAAACUUACAAAGUUUUAU